ACAAAUUCGUCCAGGAAAGUUUCAGUAUCCCGCCCUUCUCAAAAUUUUCAGUAAAGUAAAAAGCUUCAUUCCAAUUAUCGGGCAUCUCUCUCUUCCCUCUUCCCUGUUGCGUUCUCGAGCUUCUCUCUAAACAAGGAUGGAGACCGGAGCAAGCAACUGCAGAGAGACAAGCAGGACCUCGGACGGAGGUGAGGGGAACCGCCGACUUGAGAAGACGAAGCCGUCUUCCCUUCUCCGCCCUUCUUCUCUCCACCUUCCGUCGGGCGUCGUCGAUUAUUCUCUUAUCAAGGCGACGGAGUUCAUAGCCAAAGGCUGGAACGCGUUGAAGGAAGAGGAAGUGGACAGAGUCAUCGAUUACUGCGAGCUGAAUGACCAUCGCCCCAUCCCUCACCUCAGAACUGCUAAGGAGAACUUCGAGCUGGCGUUGGAGGCUGACAAUUCCAAUACUUAUGCUAGAUACUGGCUUUCUAAGUUGCAUUUGAAGUAUCUGUUCCUGGUGCUUGUAAAGCUAUGUGAGUCAAUCCCUUUCUCUUUCGUGACUAGGGUUGUCAACUGCGAGUUGAGAAUGACUUGGUUCAAUCAGAUCAACAAGCUUUGUUUUAUUUGGAGAAGGCUGUGGACCAGAAAGAUGUUGCUUCAGCUAUAUAGUGUUUUUCAUCGGGCAUCAGAGAAGGGACAUGCUGGUGCAGCUAUAGCAUAUGGAUCUCUACUUCUUAGAGGUCGGCAGCAACUUAGCAAGCAAAACCCAGUCGACAAGAUAAUAAACUUGAAGGCAUGCAUGAAUUUCCUUGAGGAGCCAAAGAUAUCAAAUGAGGCCAAAGAUCUGAUUGGCCACCUACUUUGUGAUGUUCAUACAAGGCUGGGGACCAGAGGAGUUGAGGAACUGAAGGAUAUGCAGUACACAAGAGAGUGUUGUGACAGCUUACUCUCUGCUGCAGCAAUGACGUUACAUGUCCCGACGGGAGCUCAAAGCAAAGCAGAAGUGAGAAGAUGGCAAAGAAGGGCUACUGGCACUGUCAGUGAUGCAAAACCUGGGGUUGGAGCGCAUUUCAGUGAGACAACAGGAUUAUGUGUGAAGCUGCCAACUGAAUCAUUCAGCUCUUGACGAUAUCUGGAACCGAGAAAGAUGACAGCUUCACUCUUAGAUGAUAUUGAACUGGUAGUGGUAGUUUGGGUAGUAGAGAAUCUGGGACCAAGUUGUCAGAAUCGUUUGAAUGACUGGAUUCUCAAUUAGCUCGCUUGAUUUAGAACUAUUAUUGUUUUCUCACCACAUUUUUUUAUGACUUGCAACAACUAAUAGUUUCUCGCUCAUUUUGGGUCAGUCUAAAUCGUAAGAUGUUGAGUUGCAUUCUAAUUUGUCUCACCU